CAACUAUCUUCUUCUUCUUCCUCGGGAUUGAUCUGAUAACUUUGUUGCUUCUGCUACAAGUAGCUAGAUAAACAAUGGCUUGGCGCAGUGCAGGAUCUGCUGCUCGUUCUUUCGUUUCCGCUACCGCUAGAGCUCCGUCUCUCCGAUCUCCCCCAGCAACUCUUCCGCGUCUCCGUCCUACCCAGUCCUCUUUACCUCGCCGCCGAUUCGCUUCUUUCACAAAUCCAAGGAAUUUGGGAGAGCUUGGAUGCACACAGUCACUAUUGCCUCUGCACAAUGUGGUGGCUUCAGCUCGACUCAUCUCACACCUUAAUCUCAACGUGCGAGCUUUCUGCGAACUCCCUAACGGUACCUUCCAACGCACUUGUCCAGAUCGCUAAUUACUCUCCUUUUGUGAGUUUUACUCUUCUUAGGGUUUCAUUGUGGCGAAGAGCAAUCUAAACAUGUUUUUUGUUUACUUCUGAGUUUCUUGUUUAAUGUUGGAACAUUGUGUGUUACUUUUUUUCGUCGUGAAGUGGAAUAAAACCCCUUUUUUUUUUUAAACUCGUAAUUAAGUAUUUUUGUGUUAAGAAAAUAUUGGGUUUGGGAUUUGAUAGGGAAUGGAAAAGAUGGGUGAUGGAAGUGGAUUUUCAGUUGCUGUCAAGAGUGGUGCUACUGCUUUGUACUUGAAUGUACGAAGUGUGUUGCAUCAAUUCAUCUUGAUGCAGAUGGAGACUUGAAAAGAGGGGUGUCCCAAGAAGAACACAUUGGUCGUGUUGUGUUUGUUUCGUUAGGAACCAAAAAACCUUAAUACAUUAUUUGGUUUUCACUUUUUUCAUUAGGAACCAAAAAAAAGCUUAAUACAUUAUUUUGUCUUCACUUUUGACAACACUGUUUUUGAUGCUUCAGGUAUCUCAGUAUAAUUCUGAAUAACCAUUGUUACAUUCCUUUGGUUAUCAUUUACUGAAAAUGGAGAUAAAAUAAAAGAACAUUUUUUACAA